AUACUUCGAACCGGUCAAGUAUGCAAAAGAUGGCGAGCAGUAGCAUGUAGCCCGAUGCUAUGGAAAUUUGUCUCAUUCAGACCUAACUAUGGGGGAAUACAGGUGACGAAUCACGACUACUUCCUACAUCUCAUCGGAACUCAAUUCUCGGAACUUCGUAUCGUCGAGCUUACAACCGAUUUGAUCACUCCGAAUGUGCUCUAUGAAAUGGCCAAUAAAUAUUUCUCCACUGCAAUGCAGCUUCAUGAUUUCACCGAUCUGCAGUCAUUCCCAUCGCGUCUGCGCAGUUUGACGUUAUGUCUCUCCGAAAAUAUCUUCUUAGAGGGCUUUUUGAGAAAAGUGUACACAUUCAUCUCUUCCGUGGAGCUGCUUCAUAUAAUUGGUAAGUGA